AUGAUAAUACGAAAGGGAGACGAAGACGAGGAUACUUGCCAGUUGCUGGGACCUGUGUCGAUCGGGAUUCAGGUGAUAAUGGGAGCUUGGAUUGUUAUGUCGUUAUUAAUGAAGAGGAACUACGAGCAUCCCAAGAGAAAGUUGAUCGUAUGGACAUACGACGUUAGUAAACAGCUAAUUGGUUCGUUGCUAGUUCAUUUUUUGAACUUGUUUAUCAGUGUUGUCCAGGAACAUAAGGCAAAUCUAACGUUCAGCUUAAACAUAGGGGACAACGGUUCAGGAGAUGAAGACGACCAAUGCGAUUACUAUUUUUUAAAUUUGCUGUUAGAUACGACCAUUGGUAUCCCUAUAUUCUGGGUUGCAUUCACUUGCAUUGAGAAGCUUUUUUCGUAUUAUAAUUUCAAGAACAUCGAAAGUGGGAACUACUUCACAACGGAGGGGGCUGCGGUUGGCAAAACAUCAGAGAAACCAUCCUUCGUUGCAUUUUUGAAACAACUGAAUAUUUUCACCAGUGGACUAAUAGUAAUGAAACUCGUCAUAUUCUUGGUGUUGUACUAUUUUGAAGAGUUUGCAUAUUGGUUAGCCAAUAUGCUACUGGGCUGGUCUGACCCGUGGCCGAAUUUCCAAAUUUUCCUGGUGAUGUUCAUCAGCCCCAUCGCGUUAAACUUAUUUCAGUACUAUUGCGUCGACAACAUCAUUAAGUUGCACUCUGACCAUCUAACACAACAAAACGCACACAAUUUCGAGCCCAUCACUGCCGUGGAGGACAACGCUGCCACAGACUAUAUCAACAGCAUUUCCUGCCAAAACAGCAUGAUGCCUGGGCAAUCGCCGGCGUACGAUAACGACUCCAGUAACAAGAACUCCAAGUACGGUUCCAUAUGA